AUGCAUUGUGUAGGUGGUAGAAUUUAUGUUCAGCUUCCAAACAGCUCCACUCCAAUUGAUAUCAGGAUACUUGAGAAUGUUAGUGUGACUCUGGAUUGUGGCCAUUUGGUAACGCCAAGUUUUGAAAGACGCAAUUUGAAUGCAGUGUGGAAGUUGAGAAGAAGGAGCUUUGAUGGUGAUCUAGAAUCUAAUCCUCUUGUUUUCAUACCAGGAACUCGAAAUAAUGGGAUUGAAAUGUUUGGAAAUAAUGGCGAGUUUUUACGUGUUGCUAAUCCAACACUAGCUUCAAGAAUUGAACCAUCAAAUGUUGGAGAAUUCAUUUGUGAAUACAAUGAUCACAAUAUUUAUAAAGUUGAUAUUAAUAUCAUAGGUUUCUCACCAGUAAUCAAUCGUGCUGGAAUGCUUCCUUCAAAUUCAAUAAGAAUAGGAACCAAUAUUUGCAUUGACCCACAAUCACCAGUACCUGUGGUCAGGGUGGUAUGUGCUCAGAUUGGAAGCAUUAAUCCUGAGCCAGUUUCAUUUUACACAUUUAAUAAUCAACCAAUAAAUCAUGCUUAUUUUUUCAUAAGCCAAUUUAGUAUUGAAACUGGAUUAAACAAUAUAAUACAUGUCUUUCCUGGACUAUUACUGGAGUAUAAUAUGCAAGGUUCACUAAACUGUGUCCUUCAAAAUCGUUUUGGAAAUGAUUCUGAAACAACAAAGAUAUUGUACAGUCUGCCAAAUGUAAUAACUGUCCAAAGAAGUGAUGGUACUAUUGUUCCUCCUUGCCCACACAGUGAUAAUGAUCUAUUUGUUUCAUGUGGUGACUCUGCACCAGGCAGUGCUGUUGCAUGGUAUAUUAAUGGAGUACUUCAGAGUGGUAAUACUGGGUCUAGACAGAGAGCCACUGUCUCUGGUAAUUACACUUGUGUCAUAUCUAAUGUCUGUGGAUCUGUCAGUAAUACUACUUUUAUCAAAGAUGCUCCAACUAUUGCACCUGGGACUGGUAUUAUUACUAAUCCUGGUAAUACCCCAGUCCCUGCUGGCACUAGGACCUGUGUCUCAAGAACUGGCGUGGGAGCUAGAGUCAUUCUUGUCUGCAACCUAUCAUUCAACAAUGAGUCAGUGUCUGAUGUCACUUUCUCUUGGUCCACUCCUGGAGGAGGCAGUCAAAGUGGUUCUAUCAUUGCAGCUAGUUCUAUUGGAGAUUAUACUUGCACUGCUAGUAAUCAGUGUGGAAGUAGUCAAGCAACAACUGAAGUUGUUGGUCGUAUAGAGCUGAUAAAAGAAACAGGGACUGGUAUUGAUCAAAUAGUUAACAUUGGCUCAAGGCUCUGUCUCAAUUCAGGCAAUCCAGUCACAGUCAACUGCAAUGCUGACUUUGGUACUAAUGUAACUAGAACAUGGUCUAGAAACAACAGUGUCAUAAGUGGUGUCACUGGUAGCAGUUAUAAUGCUAUGCUUAGUGAUGUAGGAAGUACAAUCACUUGUGCAGUUAUGAAUCCUUGUGGAAUGGGCUCGGCAGCUACACAAGUUAUUAGUCAGGUUCCUGUGACCAUUAAUGGGAGUAUUUCAGCUCUGAAUAUAUCAGACGAUGGAUGCAAUCGACCUGGUAUAACCAAUACCACUGCUGACCUUUGCCCUUUUGAUGGAGAGAUAGUUGUAAUUUCUUGUUCUUCAAAUGAAGGAUACACUAUCAGUGGACCUGGUGGAAGUUCAACAGAUACGCCUCUUGUUAUAUGGGGCUUUGCUCUAUCAGACUCAGGAAUAUACAUCUGUAGAUCUCAUAACAUUGAUUGUGGGGCAGCAGAGGAUUCUAUACUUGUCAGUGCAUCAGGCGUCCCUCCUUUGAUCAGAGCUAAUCCUCCUGGCACCCCAACUUUAAUUCUACCUCCAAAAAGAAGAAUUACUGGAGUUAAUAUUGGUGUCAAUGUUUGUUUGUUAGGCCAUCAGUUUGUUUCUAUUGAUUGUUGGACUCAGAGUGGUACUUGGCCUAUUACAUUUACAUGGACUGCUGCCUCUACUGGUGAUAGGGUAAUACAGUAUGGAAUGUUUUUGCGGGUAUCUGCUAAUGACACUGAUGUGUAUACUUGCAGUGCUUCGAAUGCAUUUGGUACUUCUACUGCCAGCUCGAGAGUCAAAGGUCAUUUGAAUGUCUCUCUGGUUGGAGUCAGUCCUCAAGGUAAUAGAUGCAAUCAACUUAGGAGAAGACCUCAUGAUGUGGACUAUUGUGCAUUUGUUGGAGAUAAUCUCACUCUUUCCUGCAGAGUGAAUGACCCACAAGCUACUACGACCAUAAUGUACAAUAGGGGAGGCUCUGUUAGAGGCAGUGAUAUUUCAAUAUCUCCUGUUUCUUCUUUCGCCGAGGGAACUUACCUAUGCAAUGCAACCAAUGACUGUGGAAAUAGUUCUGAUAUUUUAAACCUCAGAGUUUAUGAUCCUGCAAGAAUUGAUCGUCAGCAGUCCCUACCAACUCCUGGCCCUAAUGAAGUGGUCAUUGGUGCUGGUAGAUCUGAAGAGCCAAAUAAUGUCACUUUUGGUAGAAGUGUCAAAUUGUUCUGUCCAUUCACUGGAAUAGGCCAAGCUGAUGCAACAUGGCUGAGAGUACAGCCUGAUGGAUUUACUGCUGAAAUUAAUACCAGUCUAGCAGUCUUCUCUAUGAACAAUACAGGGAAUAUGUCAGUAUUGACCAUUUCUCCUUUUACUGAAGAAUUUGAAGGGACUUAUCGCUGCAUUACAACUAACAUUGCAGGCGAUGAUGCAGGAGAUGUUGUACUUCAAACAACUAUAGAAGUCAUUCCUGAGUGGGUAACAAGUCCUUGGAGUGAGUGCAACAAGAUUUGCAAUGGAGGUUAUCGUACCAGGAACAUCACCUGUGUGUCUUCUGUGACCAAUAUGACCAUUGAUGACCGGUUCUGUACAGCUGGAACCGAACCAAGAACCAUUGAACAAUGCAACAUACACCUGUGUCCUUAUCAAUACGUGGUGGAUAGGUGGAGCCCAUGUUCCAGUACUUGCAUGGGUGGUUUGAGGAAUCGAACAGUCAGGUGCUAUAAUGUGAUGACUCAGCAGUUUAUUGAUGACAGUCUUUGUAUGGACGAGGGAUUGACCCGACCCAAUACUACCCAUGCCUGUGGAGUGGGAGACUGCCCUCCUUUAUACUCAUGGCUUGUGUCUCAUUACGGACCAUGCAGUGUUACUUGUGGAAGAGGUACUCAAUCUAGGACAGUAACAUGUCAUAAUGUCAUCUCUGAGUUAACAGCACCUGAUUCAUUCUGUUCCAACAGAUCCAAGCCUCCAGUCACAAGAGAGUGUGAUACAGGAUCACCUUGUCCUAAUGCUGAUUGUACUGGUGAGAGUUUCUUAUGUGCAGCUGUACCCAGUUCAAUGUGUUCAGUAGCAGCUGUUCGUAAUGCCUGCUGUAUCUCCUGUAAUCCUACUACUGGCUAGACUAUUAACAA